AUGGAACCGGUAACAGAAGAUCCUAUUGCCAGUGAUGCUGAAGAAGCUCAAAUGUUUGCAGAUAUUAAGUACCCCUUGUUAUCUUUUGAGAAGCAGAUAUUUAUAGAUGCUUUUGAAAAGGAAGCACUUGUCAUAAUGGCCAAAGGAAUUAAUUACAAUAACAUAAUAUCUAAUUUAUUGUGGAUAUAUAGAGACCCUGCCAACUUAGUCCUUGUUAUUAAUAGUAGUGAUCAUGAGGAAAAAUAUUUUACAGAAAGGUUCAAUCUAACACCAUUACCUACUUUAGGAGCAGAUAGGGAAAAGUCAUAUUUAGAGGGGGGUGUCCACUUUGUGUCUACUCGUAUAUUAGUUGUGGAUCUUUUGAAGAACAGGGUACCUAUAUCACAUAUAACUGGCGUUAUAGUUUUAAGAGCACACACUGUUUUAGAAUCAUGUCAAGAAGCAUUUGCACUAAGAUUGUACAGACAAAACAAUAAGAAUUGUAUGGAAUGUGGAGGACAGCACCAUACUGGUUUUGUAAAGGCAUUUUCCAAUUCUCCUAUAUCUUUCACGUUUGGAUUCUAUCAAGUAGAAAAAGUUAUGAGAGCUCUCUUUGUGACUGAACUUUUUUUAUGGCCGAGGUUCCAUGGUGCAGUUAUUCAAAGUCUCAAAAGCCGACAAGCGCACGUUGAAGAACUCCAUGUGCCUCUUACAACAAAUAUGAGCUAUAUUCAGACUUGCUUGCUAGAUAUCAUCAAUUACACUGUAAAACAACUUAAAAGUACUAAUAGAACUUUAGAUAUGCAGGAGAUCACAACGGAAAAUUGUAUAACAAAGAAAUUUCAUAAAAUACUUCAAUCACAACUGGAUAGUGUUUGGCACCAGUUGAGUACCAGAACCAAAGAGUACAUACAAGACCUUAAAGUGCUUAGAAGCAUGACUGUCAAUUUAAUCCACAGUGAUUCAGUGUCAUUUUAUUCUUUAGUUAGUAAAUACAGGACGCCAGAAUAUGCCAAAAUUAAUUCAGGAUGGAUCCUAUUAGACUCCGCUGAGCAAUUGUUCCGAUUAUCACGUGGGCGCGUAUUUAAUCAUAAACAAGAAUUCGACCCUGAACCAUGCCCUAAAUGGAAAUGCCUUAGCGAUUUAUUAUUGAAAGACAUACCAGAUGAAAUAAAAAAGAAAGAUGGCAACAUUUACAAGACCAAAAUAUUAAUCCUUUGCCAAGAUACUAGAACGUGUUCACAAUUAAACCAUUAUCUUACAAUGGGGUCGAAUAAAUAUUUAUUUUACACAGCAUUUAAAAGGGAUGUUACUGUAAAUGCAGUGUCAUCAAAAUAUUCUCAGUUAAAAAAAACAAUGCCAACAGACAAUAUUAAAAAAGAAAAACCAGCAACAAACGAGAACAAUGAUGAUGAUAACAACGAUGAGGAGGAAUUAAAUUUAGAUGAAACUAAGUCCAAUUAUGUGUUGACUUUAACACAAGUUGCUUCACAAAGCUAUGAAAAAGAGGAUAAUGACGAUGAAAGCAUGUUUGAGCCUAUUUCACAAAUGGAUAAUUUGGAUAUCACUCAAUUGGAAAUGGAGAAACCUAUUAUUUGUAUUCAAACUUUUAAAGAAAACGGCUGUAACUUUUCGCUAGAGAAAACAUUGGAGGCGUUGCGUCCAGAAUAUAUUAUACUGUAUCAUUCAGACAUAGCUGCAGUUAGGCAAAUCGAACUGUAUGAAUGUAGGAAGAAACCUGAAGAAUCAGAAACUAAAGUAUAUUUUUUGAUAUAUGACAAAACUGUUGAAGAACAAGCCUACCUUACGACGUUGAAGAGAGAAAAACUAGCAUUCGAAUUAUUGAUUCAAACAAAAAGUGUAAUGGUUGUGCCAUCAUAUCAAGAUGGAAAGUCGGAAGAGUAUUUUAAUUUAAAUGUGGAACACGAUGACAAUUCUGUUGAUACUCGAAAAGCAGGAGGCCAAAAUCAACAAAAAGAGAAGCCCGUCGUUAUAGUUGACAUGAGAGAGUUCCGAUCAGACCUACCUGCACUGCUACAUAAAAAAGGAAUCAAUAUUGAACCUGUUACUAUAGCUAUCGGUGACUACAUUCUUACCUCUGAAAUCUGUGUUGAAAGAAAAUCAAUAUCAGAUCUGAUCGGAUCACUUAAUUCUGGCCGUCUGUAUACGCAAUGCACUCAGAUGUGCAGAAAUUAUAGUCGACCUAUACUUUUGAUUGAAUUUGAUCAGAACAAGCCAUUUAACUUACAGGGUCACUUCGUUAGUUCCACUGAUACAUCUGGCGCGGACGUACAACAGAAACUGCAACUACUCACGAUUCAUUUUCCUCGGUUAAAAUUGGUUUGGUCGCCUAGCCCUUAUGCUACUGCAGAACUGUUUUAUGAACUCAAACAAGGUCGAAAAAAUCCUAACGUUCAAGAGGCUCUGGCUUUGAGUGGCGACAGUACUGCAGAUGAUAUGAAUUAUGAGCGCUAUAAUAUAUUGGUUCAUGACUUCGUACAAAAACUACCUGGAGUCACCACUAAGAACCUUGCAAGAAUCAUGAAUAGGGGCAUUUCGUUAGAUCAUUUAAUAACGCUACCACAGGAAGAACUACAAACAAUGAUGGAAAACAAACAUGAAGCUGAUACUUUAUUUUCCAUACUACACACUAAACCCAAACCGAUUGAUAGCAAUAAAGAUGAAAAACAUUUCGGCAAAAAGAGAUUAACGGGAAAACUGUUUCGAAGUAAAAAAUAA